GGGUCACGUGACGUGACGUCAGCGCCGCGACGUGGCAGAUAGUGGCAGUUGUGUCCGCCAUUUUCACAGUUUGUUACUCUGGUGAGCUGUUUAUUUCCAGUUUUGCAUGAGUCCUUCUACACGCAGGUGUUGUAUUGAGCUUGCUGCUUGUGGGUUGUAAUAGUAAAAAUGGGAAAUAUAAUCACAUCCCUAUUCAAGGGCCUUUUUGGCAAGAAGGAGAUGCGGAUUCUCAUGGUGGGGUUGGAUGCUGCUGGUAAAACCACCAUUUUAUACAAGCUAAAGCUUGGAGAAAUUGUCACUACUAUCCCCACAAUUGGAUUUAACGUUGAAACUGUGGAGUAUAAGAACAUCAGCUUCACAGUUUGGGACGUUGGUGGCCAGGAUAAAAUUCGACCACUAUGGCGUCAUUACUUCCAAAACACACAAGGGCUCAUCUUCGUUGUUGACUCCAAUGACCGAGAACGUAUUGGUGAAGCGAGAGAAGAACUCAUGCGAAUGUUAGCUGAAGAUGAACUCAGAGAUGCUGUGCUUCUCAUAUUUGCUAACAAACAGGAUCUCCCAAAUGCGAUGAAUGCCGCAGAGAUCACUGAUAAAUUAGGUUUGCAUUCUUUGAGGAAUAGAAACUGGUAUAUUCAGGCUACUUGUGCUACAAGUGGAGAUGGUCUCUAUGAAGGUUUAGAUUGGCUGAGUAACCAGCUGAAGAAUGCAAAUCGCUAAACACCAGCAGCUCUCACACAUUUAAAAGCUGAACUAGUGGGCCGUGAUUAUUUAGGUUCCUGGCUUGGAUAAGGCUAUUGUUGCCCGUUCUGCACAGAAAAGUUAGUGAUGACAAAGGAAAAACUGGUUCUGGAAAAAAAAAGUUAUUCAGUGUGUUACAAACACUGUGAAUCUGUAACUGGAAGUUGCUGUGGGUGAUUUCCUGCAAGAUAGCACUAAUUCAGGCACUAGGUGGUGCCUGGGCAUGGAAAAAUGUGCACAGUGAACAAGUGAUGGGCUGGACAGAGCAGCAAUGUUACCUCAACUGAGGUGUCAGCAGUGUGUGAAUGACUAUAAUAGUGGUGAAAGAGAGAGAACAAGCCUUGCUGUUUGUCCAGUCUACAAUAUUGACUUUAAAGCCUGAGGUCAGGUCAUACCGGAGCCCAGUGUUCUCUUGUCUUACUGUAGUCUGAGAACUUAAUUAUUAGGACUUGGGCCCCAGUAUGAUACUUGGCUUGAGUGUAAUGCCUUUAUACUGGUGUAAAAGUCUGGUAUGUGCUCUUCAAAGAAAGCAACAAUUUUCAUAAAAUUUUAUUUUAUUUCUUCAUUAUCUUCACUUUUCAUUUGAGAUUUUAUAAUUUUUUUUUCUUGGUUUAAGGUAGGAACUUUUAUUUAUUGGAAUGUAUUUGCAGCUCACAUCUGUGUUAGAAUUGGUGCACUUUGCUUGGUCUAAAACAAAUCAAAGGUCCUUUGAUGGGACAGACCACACUCAAAAGUUGACUUUUGUUGGAACAUUCCCGUUGGCAUAGAAUUGAUGUGGAGCUACUGUAUCAGUUAAUCAACUUUGAUGUCUCAUAUUUUGUCAUCUUCAGAUCCUGAAUUUCAUAAAAUAUAUUACCAAAUACUGAUGCCCUUUCCUUGGUACUGUUAAACUUGAGCAGGCAAAAUCCCUUAAAAGGAAACUAGAUUGAUAACAAGGUGGUUUCUAAAUAUGCUCUUUGACUAAGUGUAAUAAAACUUAAUUUGUGCUUAAA